AUGUCGCUCAGCCCCAAGCACACGACUCCUUUCUCCGUCUCCGACAUCCUGAGUCCUAUGGAGGAGACCUACAAGAAGUUCGGCGCCAUGGAGGGUAGUCUGGGUGCACCCUUGGGCGUGGGAGUGGGCGCCACCGCCUACCGCCAGACCUCGAGUUCAGCCCUCCCGUCCCAGCAGCAGCACCCCAUGGCAGGCCACAAUACUGCCGCCUACCACCCCAUGGCCCACGCGGGGGUCUCGCAGUUCGCUCACGGUUCAAUGGCUGGCUAUUGCAACGGCGGGCUGGGCAACGUGGGCGACCUGGCGUCCUAUCCAGACAGCGUGCGCAGCAGCACAGCAGCCUCCGGCUGGUAUGGAGCCAACCCGGAUCCCCGGUACCCCACGAUUUCCAGGCUGAUGGGGCCCUCCGGGGCCAUGAACAUGGCCGGCAUGGGAGCUCUGUCAGGAAUCGCGGAGGCUGCCAAAUCCAUGGGCCCCGGUCUUCACGCCACUCCGCGGAGGAAAAGAAGGGUGCUUUUUUCGCAAGCCCAGGUCUACGAACUGGAGAGGCGCUUCAAGCAGCAGAAGUACCUGUCGGCGCCCGAGAGGGAGCACCUCGCCAGCCUCAUCCACCUCACGCCCACCCAGGUGAAGAUCUGGUUCCAGAACCACCGCUACAAGAUGAAGCGGCAAGCCAAAGACAAGGCGGCUCAGCAGCUGCAACAGCCACCGCCGCCGGAGGGACCCGGCCUGUGCCAGCCGCCGGCCCCAACGCAAGCGGCGUCUCCGAGACGCGUGGCGGUGCCCGUCUUGGUCAAGGACGGCAAGCCCUGUCCCAAUGGGGCAGGCGGGAGCGCCGCUCAGCACCAGCACCCGCAGACGCAAGGGACCUCGCUGGGCCAAGCCCCGGACCUGGAGGAGAUGUCUCCGAGCCCGCCGUCCUUGCACGGCCAAGUGGGCUCCCUGGCGCAGAUGGACGCGGCUGCUGUCGACUAUAGCGGCGGCCUGGUCAAUGCCAGCUUGCUCUAUGGGCGGACAUGGUAA